CUUCUGUGACAGAAAUAUAUUAGAAACGUCAAACUUUAACUAUAAAACAUCAAAUAUUUAGAUGAAAUUAAAUAAAUUCAACAUAAGUGUAGUGUGAAUAUUAAAAAAUAAAAAUGCAUGAUGCUUAUGAAGCAACUGCAAUAUUAAAAUUAUCUGUUCAAAUUGAGUCGAUUGCAGCUUAUGAUGAUAAUUUACUUAUUGGAACAAGAGAAGGGCAUUUGUUAAUGUACAAUGUUCCCUCAAAAUCUCAUGAUCAUCUUAAAUUGGAAUUAUUGGGUCAUAACAAAAAUUUCAAUAAAAAACGAAUUAUACAAGUGGACGUGAUUCCAGAAUAUAAUUUAUUAGUUUUAUUAACAGAUAAUAUAAUAUGUAUUCACGAUUUGAAAUCACCAACAAUUCAUCAAAUUUGUCAACUCCCAAAAACUCGGGGAGCAACACUUUUUGCAUUGGAUAUGCAACGACAAGAGAGUUUAACGGGUGAAAAAAAUACAACAGUACGUUUAUGUGUUGCAGUGAAGAGAAAACUUCAAUUAUACUAUUGGAAAGAGAAAAUUAAGAGUUUUGAAGAUUUUUUAAAAACCGAAUUAACUGUUUCUGACAUUCCUAGAGAAUUAGCAUGGUGCGGUGAAACUCUUGUCUUAGGAUUUCGUAGCUUUUCCUAUACGUUAAUGGAUUUUAAUGGUACCAUAAAGGAAUUAUUUCCCACUGGUAAAUCGCCUGAACCUAGUGUCACUAAAUUAUCAAAUACCUCCUUUGCUUUGGGUAAGGAUUCUCAAUCGAUUAUUAUGGACACUAAGGGAGAUUUAGUGCAACAUAAUCCUAUUAAAUGGUCGGAUUUUCCAAGUUCAAUAGCAUCCGAUGAUCCAUAUCUUUUGGGUAUUGUACACGAUUCAUUGGAAGUUUAUACUUUAGAAGGUUGUCAACAUAUUCAAACAAUAUCAGAAUUAAAUAAAGCUAGAUUUAUAUAUCGAUGUAAACAGGGAAGAGUUUAUGUUGCAUCAGUAAGUCAAGUAUGGUGUGUAAAUGCAGUCGAUUUAGCCCAACAAAUCAGAACAUUACUUGAGCAAAAUCAAUUUCAACUUGCUUUGAAAUUAACGAAUCUUUCAGACACAAAAGAAGAGGAAAAAUCCAAAAAAACGCACAAAAUACAAACAUUGUACGCUCAUCAUCUAUUUUAUAAUAAAAAAUUUCAAGAAGCUAUGGAACAAUUUCUUAAACUUGGAACUGAUCCAUACGAAGUGAUUAGAUUAUUUCCCGAUUUAGUGUCACAAGCAAAUGUCAAUGAAAGUAAUGAACCAUCAGUAGCUGGUCUACCAAAACUUCAAGAUAGAGAUUUAGAAAAUGGUUUAUUGGCUCUUAUUGCUUAUUUAACGGAAGUAAGACACAAAUUAUUGGGCGACACUCAUUCGCAGGGUAAAGAAAAAGAUGAAAAAGGAAAUAAUAUGACGGCUGUUGCUACACAACAACUUUUGAAAAUAAUUGAUACUACUUUAUUGAAAUGCUAUUUACAAACUAACGAUGCAUUAGUAGCUCCUUUAUUGAGAUUAAAUCACUGUCAUCUUGCGGAAGCUGAGAAAACUUUGAUAAUGCAUCAAAAAUAUCCGGAACUCAUUAUUCUAUAUCAGACGAAAGGCCAGCAUAAAAAAGCUUUGGAACUAUUGGAAAAGCAAUCGAAAGAAAAUGAUUCUAGUCUAAAAGGCACUGAGCGAACAAUUCAAUAUUUACAACAUUUAGGGAGAGAACAUAUGGAUUUGAUAUUGAAAUUUUCUGGAUGGGUGUUAGAACAAGAUCCAGGAGAAGGUCUUCGUAUUUUCAUGGAAGAUAUUUUGGAAGUGGAACAAUUGCCGAGACCAAAAGUUCUCGAUUAUCUUCUGCGUUUUCAUAAGGAAACUGUUAUAACUUAUUUGGAGCAUGUUGUCUAUAUUUGGGAAGAUACUAAUCCUCUUUUUCAUAAUGUAUUGGUUCAUCAAUAUAAAGAAAAAUGUUUAGCUUCAAUGAGCGAAAAUGCAACGCCAGCAGAAAAACAAAUUGCCCAACACGUGAGACAAAAAUUACAACAAUUUUUACAAAAAUCAAUAUACUAUACCCCAGAAACGGUAUUACGUGAUUUUCCCUAUGAAUGUUUAUUUGAGGAACGUGCCAUUAUAUUGGGAAGACUUGGUCGUCAUAAACAGGCAAUUUCAAUUUAUAUUAAUUUAUUGAACGAUGUCCCAAAGGCAAUUCAAUAUUGUAACAAUGUUUAUGCAAGAUUUGAAAGUCUAGGCAGUGCCGACAUAAAUAAACAAGAUGGUUCUGAUGAGGUGCAUAUAACGCUUAUUCAACAAUUAUUAAAACCCGAUAAUGAUGGAGUUUCUGAUUUAAUGAUGGCUGGUCACGUUCCAGAAAUGCAGAGAACUGCACAACCGGAUUUAGAAACAGCUUUGGAAUUAUUGGAAGAGCAUGCUUCAAAAAUAAAACCAUUAAAAGUUCUUGAAGUUUUGCCAGAUAAUGUUCCAAUUGGAAGGAUAAAACAUUUUUUAGAGGCUAGUUUACAGAAUAAUAUUAAUGAAAAAAGACGAAUGCAAGUGUUAAAGGGCCUUCUUUAUGCUGAACAUUUACAAGUUCAAGAACAACGAAUGCACUAUCAAUCACAAAGUGUUCUUAUGACUGAAUUUAAUGUAUGUCCCGUUUGUAAAAAGAGAUUUGGCAAUCAAAGCGCAUUUGCAAGAUAUCCAAAUGGCGAUAUUGUGCAUUAUUCGUGUCAAGUACGAAAAAUGUAAUUCCAGAAAGCGAUUCUCAAUCUGAUUUGAUCUGAUCUGAUUAUGGGAGAAAAUUCAAAGAAACGUUUUGCAAAUAGUAAAUACGAAAAUUUGCCAUAUUUAUAUACAGUUAUAAAAGUAUUUUUUUUUUUUAUUAAUUACAUAAUUAUUAAGUUAAAGAUUUUAUGUAAAUACUUUAGAGUUAUUUAAAAUUAUAAUUGUCUGAUACAACUUUAAUUUUUAUUUGUUAAAAUAGAAAAUAGAAAUUUGUAAAAUAAAAAAAAAUUUAUAAAUUUCUUUGUUGAA